CGCGCUAUUGUACGGCCCAGACUUUCACUUCCACUUCCGAGCCUGCGCCGUCGCUAUUGCAUGUUGGGUAAUGAGCGAGUGACUUGGUGACAGCUGCGACGCGGUGUGUAGCACAGGUAUGUCGCGGUCAUCGGCCAUGCCAAGGAUCUACAUCGGACGGCUCAGUCAUCGGGCCCGGCAGAGCGACGUAGAGCGCUUCUUCAAGGGCUUCGGCAAGAUUCUGGAGGUGGAUCUGAAGAAUGGCUAUGGGUUUGUGGAGUUUGAAGAUGUUCGCGAUGCUGACGAUGCUGUGUAUGAAAUGAAUGGGAGAGACCUAUGUGGAGAGCGCGUCAUUGUGGAACACACACGGGCGCCAAGGAGGGGUUUGCACAAUGGCUAUGGCUACCGAAAAAGUGCCACCGAGAAGCCUGGGCCUCCAGUUCGCACAAUGUAUCGCCUGAAAGUCGAAAAUCUGUCUGCACGAUGUAGUUGCCAAGAAUUGAAGGACUUUAUGGGGCAAGUGGGGGAGGUCACCUUUGUUGAUGCUAAUCACCUACGGCCUAAUGAAGGAAUCACCGAAUUCCGUUCAUACUCUGAUAAUGAAGAGAGCGCUCGAAACGACUGGAUGGUAAAGAAAUCAAUGGUCGAAAAGAUCCGUCUUGUGGGGAUAGAGCUGGAUCUUGGGCCAGACGCUCUUCCUCACCGCAGCCGUUCAAGGUCAAAUUUCAAUUCUCGAUCGCAGAGGAGCAGCCAUUCUAAAUCAAGAUCACGUAGCAGAAGCAGGCGACGAACACGGAGAAGCAAAAGUCCCAGCAAAGACAGGAGACAUAGCAAAAGUGUUAGCAAGGGUAGAAGGGAUAGCCGGAGUCGUACUAAAGAGAGAAGCAUGAGUAAAAGUAACAGAAGUGUAAGGAAGAGGGGACAAAGUCAUAGCUACAGUGAAGAUAGGGUAAAAAGGAGCAAAAAUAGGAGCAGGAGUCGUAGCAAAUUGCAAAAGAGUAGAGAUAGCAGAAGCCCUACUACAGAACAAAAGAAGAAUGCAAGUCGAAGCAAGGAAAGAGAAAGUAGGAGCCAAAGCGAGGAGAGGGACUGCAAAAGUAAUGAAAGAAGUCCUAGCAAAGAAAGAGAAGAUCCAGUUAAUGAGAGAGAAAAUAAUGAUAGUCAAGAAAUAGAAAGAAGUCCAGAAAAGGAACUCGGUGAAAGGGAAAGAAGUUUUAGCCAUGAUCGAGACAGAAGUCACAAUAAGGAAAAAAGGAUAGCGAUCAAGAAAAGAAAGAAAUAGAAGCCUAAGCAAAGAACAGGAGAGAUAGAAGUGGGUCUAGGGAUCUAAAGAAUAGGGACAGAAGCCAGAGCAGAGGUAGAAGAGAAAAACAUAGCAGAAGCAGAUACAGGAGUCCAAGCAACGAAAACCGAGAGGAAACAGCAGCUAUGAUGAUGGAUACAGUGAAAGCAACAAAAGUAGCAAAAGUCACAAAGACGUCGAAAGAAAUGGUAAAGAAGCCGCAGUCAAAGCAUAGAGAGAAUAGGAAACUUCACCAAGAAGAUAGUAGCUGCAGUAGCGAGACUUCUGCAAAAAAGCAACAGAGAGGACACCUGAGACAUUUACUGCAGAGUCUGAUACCGAAAUUCAGAAGUUAAGACUGUGUGCAGAGAAGAACCUGAAGAUGGCAACCCUGCUCAAAACUCCUCCAAACGUUUCUCCCCUGAUGACACAAAAGAAGAAUCCCAACAGUUAACUCCCCUACCAAACGGCAAUCUAGAUCGCCUCUCCUACAGAGCCUUGACAUUUUUCGGGUUCCCUUUUAUUAAACAGGUUGCAACUCUGCACCUUAUGUUAAUGUUUUAUAUUUAUUUCAGAAAUUAAACCUCUUCUGGUCUGUGAGCAUCCCACUGUUCUAUUUCAGGACACAAACUUUGUUGAAGUACAUUUUGUAUGCCUAAAGGGGUUGAUUAAUGUUUAUGGCAUAAACCGUUCUGCCCACUGAACUCUACAGGAGAUUACAGAAAACAGCCUCCAACACGUAUAAAGUAGCUCAUAUGUACUAUAGAGAGUCAGUAGAAAGCGACAGACUAUGCAUGGCCAAAUCCAUGCUGUUCUAAUAAUUGGACAUUCUCGAAUUUCCUAUUAAAGGGAAUCUGUCACCUCAAAAAAACGCAUAUAAAAAACCACCAGCAUUACACUUUUAGUAGGCCCCCCAGUCUGUUAUUAAUCAUGUGUUUGAUGCGGUAAUCUUGAUGCUCUAUACAUGACAAAAACAAUGUUUUAAGCGCUAUCUUGCGGCCUGGGAUUCCGUUAGUCUCUGCAUGCGCGGUGUACUGAUGAAACCCCGGCUAACAGCGGGAGCCGGAGAUGGGACCGCGCAGUAACAAGGAGGCACCACCGCAUGGGGCGAGACUAACUCUAUGCCAGGCCAACACUGCAGGAUGUCAAUCACACACAAGAGAGGACUGUUAGGGGGCGUGAUUAUCUUGACUUUAAGCAAGGAGGACACUGCCCCCUUGACUUCAAGCGGGACUGGCAAGAUGGCGCUUAAAACAUCGUUUUUGUCAUGUAUGGGAGCAUCAGAUUACUAGAUCAAACACAUGAUUAUUAACAGACUGGGGGCUACUAUAAGGUAAUGCUGACGGUUUUAUAUGCGUUUAUGAGGUGACAGGUUCCCUUUUGACUCCUAUUAAAAGGUUUGUGCUAUAGUAAAAAUGUAUCGCCUAUCCUCUGCUGGGAUCACCUCCAGUCUUUAAAACAGGUUUCACAAGCCCUAGUCUUUCGUUACUGCAUGACUGGAAUGAGGAGAGUAACUUUGGAGCAUGGUCAAUAUGGGCUGAUGGAAACAGCUGAGUGUGAACUUGUUGGUUUGUGUCAGGCCCCGUAGAGAUUGAAUGCUGCGCGCAUGCUCAACUACACUCCACUUUAACUCCUCACUGUGAUGUGCAUUGAGGUGAAAGAGGAUUUGAGACUCCCAUUCUUAUUGAUGGUGGGGGUCCAUAUUGUGUGGAUAGAUGAUAAAUGUCCAUUGUGACAGAACCUCAAGCCACGUGCCCUCCAUAGAAAGCUAAUAGUUGCUUCCACUUCUUUCUAGUGAUCCUAGCAAUAUGCCAUCAAUAUCUGUAAAAGGAAAACCCGUUUUGUGAAGUGGUAAAAUAGAUUUCUGAAAAAAACAUGUUUGAAAUUUAAUAAAGUUCUUUUAUUAUUUAAAGAGCAUUUGUUACCAGACAGAGCAUUGUAUUUAGGCUAUCUGUAAGAUGCACUGUUGUGGGACUGGUAGCCACUUAAAGGGUAUUCCUAUCUCAGAUUCUUAAUGGGACCUAAGUCUGAUACAUGGCGUGUCCACACCUCCUAGGGCCCGCAUCCAUCUUGAGAACCGGGCUCCCGUUGCCGUCUGAAGUGUAUGGAGAGGGUGGGCGUGCAUGCACAUUUUUCUCCACUUCUGUGGAGGUCCAAGAACAGCCAAAAACAGUUGCUCAGCUUUCCUUAGAAUUACCCAAUAAAUGACUGGAGACGGCCACACAUGCACGACCACCUCUCCAUACACUUCAACUGGCAAACGGGCCCCGUUCGUGAGAAGUAAGACCCACAUCUAACAGACUUUUAUGACAUAUCCUAUGAAUUUGCUAUAAAAGCCCAAGAUUGGAAUAUCCCGUUAACAGACACCUGGGCUCAAAAAUUACCAAUGCACCCACUAGCUUCCUUUUAGCAGAGCAUCUUUAUAGAUUACCUAAAAUCAAAGCUGUGUCUGUUGACUUUUAAUUUUUUGUGCCUGUGCCAAGUAUUGUUCUCUUCAUGUUUUUUAUCAUUUUUUGUUAUGGAUUAUUAUUAUUUUUUUUUUAAUUCAUAAUGUUUCAAUUUGAAUAAAAACUAUUUUUCUUCAUUGCCAUCA